AUGUUUCCGUACAACCCGGAUAGAGUCCUCAGAACUAUCACUAAACUAGAGAUCGCCGUGCCGGACCAUACCGCCACCGAACCAGAACCGCAUGAUGAGGCAAGCAAACAGCGAAAGCAGAGGCUUAUAAAGAAGUUCGGCAAUGCUGCAGAAAAGUCUUUCGCUAGGGAGGCACUCGAUCAAGACCACAUUCAGUUCCUUGCGCAGAAGAACAACGAAGCUAAAACCCGCCGAGCAACGAAGUCGGCCAUUCUUAGUGUGGCAAGGGUGGUGACAUUUGAAGAUCUCCGGGACGAACGGGCAAAGCGUACUGAGAAAGCAGCUGCCAAAGCAGCUAAGGGCAAGGCGAAGCCUGGUAGGAAACCAAAGAGUACACCAUUGCAUCCAGGAGAAGCAACUGCGAGUAAGGGCACGCGUGGCAGAAGGACCAAAUUUGCUGUGCCAGAGCAAGGCCCUCAAUCAGAACUAAUAUAUGAUGUGUCUAUGCAAGCAAGCGGCACAAAGGUCGUAGAGGAGGCCAUCGCAGGUGAACCUUGGAGGGCUCCAGUAGCGAAAAUGUGGUAG